CUUAAAUUUUAAUUUACCUGGAAAAAUGAAAGCUCUGUAUUUCUGUAGAAAAUAACAUAAAUCCAACGUUAAUUAAAAAAACCUCAUCACCACACACCCCCCAUGAGGAGACAAAAGUAGAUAAAAUUGGCCUAACAUGAUAUUCCCAGAGAGAUGCGGAAAAAAUAUUUAGUAGUAGUACAGUAUUUUUGUAGGACACAAUUCCUCCUAUAGCUUUGUCUUUGUCUUCUCCUCAAAGGGAAGGGACCCCAGCUUCUUCCAUCCUCCCCGUCCUCCCAUCAUCUUCUCCCCCAUUUGCAAUUACUACUACUCCUUUUAUUUUUUGUCCAAUAUUCUAUAUAUAUCUAUAUUUUCUUCUUUGCUAUUUUGAGCUAAAGCUUACUUCACUUUACUCUAAAAAAAGCCCUUUCCAUUCAUCUUGUUUGCUUCUUGAUUUAGUUUUUCUGACUCAUGAUAUGAUAUGCUUCAAUGGGGUUUUAGUACUGCCUAGGCUAGCAGCUGGUUAUCUUCAAGAAUGGAUUUUGGGUUGAUAACUUCGGAGACUGGUGGUGGGGUUGGCGGAAAUGUUGGUUCAGAGUCUUUUGGGAUCAGCAGUACUACUACUGUUCGGAAGAGUCAAGGAUCUGGGGUGCUCAAAACACAGAGAUCUGGUUCUGCUCAGGAGAGUUGGCGGGUCAACAAGUCUGCUAAAACUGAUGAAUUCUGCCUAUUUUCACAAGCCCAUAGUCCUGGCUUGCUGAGAUCUGGUUCUGGGCUUACUGGCAACAAUGGGCAGACUAUGAUCAGUUUCUCUUCUCAGUCUCAAGGUCCUGUUUUCAGCGAUGAAGAUGCAUCCAAGAGCUCUACCUUCCCAUUUUUCCUUGCCCCACCUGACCCUCUCUGCUCAAAAACUUCAGGUUUGCCUGGGAAUUUUUUUUUUUUUUUUGUUUUUUGCACUUUCCAUUGUGGGGAGACAGUCGUAUUUUUCUGUUGAUAUUGAAAUCUUAAAAAUUAUCAAUUUGAGGUGUUUUUAGCAAGUUGGUUGUUUAGUUUGGUUGGAUAAAUCAUUUAUUUUGUGAAGUUGGUUUUGGUCUUUUUGGAGAUGUAGGUGUUGGUUGAAGUUAAUCCGCACUAAAAGUUAAUCUAGACCGAUAAUGAUGUUAAGACUGUGCUUUUGUUUCCUUAAAAUGGGUAAACGUCUUUUCAAGCUCCCCUUUCACCAAAUUUUGAUUUGCAGAUAUUUCAUGUCUUGUCAAAAAAAACAUAAAAUAAUUUUUUCUCGUAUUUAUUAUUUCUGUUAAUUAGUAGUAUUUUCGGGUGGACAAAUUUUCUUGGCUUCCUUGUAGAACCUUUUUUUUUUUUUUUUGGUAAAAAAAAAUGUCCUUAGUUAUUAGUACUCAAUCUGUAUGAAGUAUGUUACUGAAAUUGCCUGCAGUGAAGGCGUCAACUGUGAUGACACAGCCACAAACAGGACUUUGCAGAUAAAAGACUUUAUUAGUUUUCUUCUCUGUCAUUCCUAAUGUCCCCUCUCCUUCAAUCUUUUCCUUAACUUUCCUCCAUCCUGAGGUGCAAUGAGAUGCAGUUAUGCGACAUUAGCUGCUUAGCAACUGAUUUUCAGAAAUCAAAUGAAACUUAUGUAACUUUGUUUAGCAUCAUUUCCCAAAUUUACUUUAUCAUUUACCAGUCAUUUUAGUUAAGAUUAUGAUCUCCCCCUUUUUGGCCUUUUCUUUUUUGAUUUUGCCUUUCUCGUUGGAAUUAAGCUGUUUAGUUUGGGCUCUUGGUGAUUUUCAGGUUUUGCUGCAGAAAAGUCCAGCGAAAUGCGUGGUCCUUUUACUAAGUUUCGAGGUCCAUUUACCCCUUCUCAGUGGAUGGAGUUGGAGCAUCAGGCCUUGAUCUACAAGCACAUUAUGGCAAAUGUCCCAGUUCCUUCACACUUGCUCAUCCCUCUCAGGAAAGCUUUCAACCCAUAUGCAUUUUCCAGCUAUUCUUCCGGAUCAUAUGGCUCCAAUUCCUUGGGAUGGGGCUCUUUCCAUCUAGGUUUCUCUGGCAGCACUGACCCUGAGCCUGGGAGGUGCCGUCGAACGGAUGGAAAGAAAUGGCGGUGCUCAAGAGAUGCUGUUCCUGACCAAAAAUAUUGUGAAAGACACAUCAACAGAGGCCGCCAUCGUUCAAGAAAGCCUGUGGAAGGCCAGAUUGGCCAAGCUGUCUCUGGAUCCACUGCCUCCAAAGUGGCAUCGAUCGCUUCAGCUUCAGCAGCAUCGAUGAUGUCUAGCAGCAGCAUAUCCAACAGCCUCGGUGCUGUUCAGCACCAUUUAAAGAAUUUACAGUCCGGUGCUGCCAAUGCUUCUACUGAUAAUCUCAUGAGCAGGAUGCAAGAUCUUCAAGGUCUCUCCAUGGGAGGUGAUGCCUUGAGUUUUAAUCCUAAGAACUCAACCUUUUCCUCUCAAAAGGAGCAAGUCCUUUUUGGGGGAUCCGAAUUUGGAGUUCUAUCCCCUGAUUCACUCCUCAAUCCAUCUCAAAAGAGCUCCAGAAUGAUGAAUUCUAAAAACUCUGAUUCUUUCCUGGGAUUCAACAACCAAGACGCAACCAACCAGCAUCCACUUCGCCAUUUUAUAGACAACUGGCCCAAGGACCAAUCCGAUCGAGCCUCUGUUACAUGGCCUGAAGAACUGAAGUCAGACUGGACCCAACUGUCAAUGUCAAUCCCCAUGUCUGCCGCAGAUUUUUCAUCAUCUUCGAAUUCUCCGAGGCAGGAGAAACCAACACUGUCACCCCUGAGGUUGGCUAGGGAGACUGACCCAAUCCAGAUGGGGUUGAGUGUGAAUAAUAGGGAGCUCAUGAGCGAGUCAAACCAACAAAAGGAGGCAAAUUGGUUACCAGUGGCUUGGGGAAAUUCAGUGGUAGGUGGGCCAUUAGGGGAAGUCCUGAACAGCACUUCAAUCAGUACAGCAGGAUCAAUGAAGAACAACACCACAUCGGCUCUGAACUUAGUGACAGAAGCAUGGGAUAAUAGCGCACAAAUGGGAUGCUCCCCAACUGGGGUGUUGCAGAAAUCAACAUUAUUUGUCUCACUCUCAAAUAGCAGUUCAGGAGGUAGCCCAAGAGCCGACAACCACAACAACAAAGUAGCAGGGAGAACUGGAAGUGGAUUCCUCUGUGAUGAUCUGCUUGGAAAUUCUUCUGCAUCUAUUCCAUCUCUGUAAUUUGGUCAGAUGCGAAGGGUGAUUUUCUGUGUAUUUUUUUUUCUUCUUCUUUAAUCAUCGUGUGCAAUUAGCCUGAGUGAAUCUUAGGACCACUACUUCUUGCUCCCUGCUUUGGAUCAUUUUUAUUCCCUUAGUGGGUCACCUGUGUUGUUCCAUCAUUCACUGUGACCUGGAAAAACUGCUAUAUUUUUUUUCGUUCCCUCUAAUCUAUGUUGUUAAAACUUAAAACUGAUGUUCUUUCUAGUUGAUCAACAACAAUGUAGCACGAAUACAGUCUUCGAUGAAAUGGGGUUAUAGUACUGAAAUUGAUGCAAAAAGAACCCAAGCAUUUACGAUCCACGGGGAAGAAGGAAUCAUAAAUUGGGUACAUCGGAAAUAAAAAGGGAUCACGAGAUUGUGUUGUUUUUAGGUUCACCAUCUGAGGAAAAAGAUGUGGGAAAGGUGGAAGAAUGUUGUAAGAAGAUAGUAGAUAGAGCAGCCGCGUGUAAAAGUCACGUGGCUUCCUCCUCAUUAUCAUCAUCAUCAUCAUCUGUUCGUUGUAAAUCGUAACGGAAUCAAUGAUUGCAGCGCUUCUUGCUUGGUAGAGGAGAAAAUCAUAAAUGUACAGCAGACCUACUUUUGGAUAAUCAUAAACAAAUU